ACUAAAACCCCAAACCCGUUUCCAAAACCCCUCUUCUCACCUUCAAUCCAAUAGACAUGAACGGCAGCGGCGGCUUCAACUCCUCCACCGCCACCCCCAACUUCGAUAACCUGCUGCUCCAAUCCCUCAUGUCCCGCCUCCAACUCCGCUCCCCGUCGCCCAAUCCCGCGCCCCCCUCCUCUGCCGCCAAAUCCCUCGAAGACCUCCUCUUCUCCGAUUUGCUCCUCAACCUCUCCGAAUCCGAAUCCGAUUCGGAAAUCGACGACUCAUCCUCCUCCUCCAAGACGCAGUUAGCCAAGGAAGAAUCCAAGCUCGAGAAAGACAUCGUCCGUACCAUCCUCAGCGGCGAAAUCGAGAAACUCAAACCUAACUCCGGCCAGGCUAUCGCGAUAGGCGAGCACCAUAUCUGCGUCGGUUUUCAGGAGGAGACUGGUUCCGAUUAUCGGGUUUGGGAGUGGCACGGGCAUAUUAUGUUGUUUGAUGAGGAGAAUGGCUACACACCGGAGUAUAUAUACGGCAAUUACUUCGAAAGGCUUGGCGCGCCAAAGAGGAAAUUGAACAAGGCUGUGAAGAUGGGGAGCGGCGGAGAUGACGACCGUGAGAAAGACAAGGUGGGGAAUGUAGGGUUGAAGGAGCUUAUUGAAGGUGGAAAUUCAGGGAGUGGACGAGUUCUUCAUCGGAAUUUAAAUGCCAAUUCUGAGCCGCCGAGGUUCUAGGUAGGAGAUUGAUAAAAAUCAGAAUCAUGACCGUUUUAUGGAAAAGAAGAUGGAAGCAAUGGAUUAGUUUCAUUGUGGUGAAGUUUUGUGCUUUGUCUUCGUUGAGUUUGUGUCGCCAAUUGGAUGCUUCUGGAGACGGGUACUUUCCGACAUUUUAUUGUUUUUACAGUACAAGAGUAGCAGAAACCAGAUGCUAUUACUUUUAGACCAUGUUGAAUUUGCUUAUUGCUAAUGGCAAGUGGCUUUUCAAAUACUAUAUUGCUGUCUCAUCUAUGUAAUAAUUUCGUAAAUAAAUGCGCUUGAAUUUGUUGGAA